UCGGCCGCUCGCAGUACACGGCGAAGGCUUGCGGCCAACUUCCUGAUGUCGCCUCGCGGUGGCGACGAUCGGCCGUGCCCGCACGAAGAGGGGAUACCCGACCGGGCCAGGAAGGACCAGUUUUGGGAAUGCAAGAAGCAUCAGGUCGCCUCGCCGCUCGAGGGGGGUGCUUGCCCCGCCAACGACAGGCCCCCCUUUGCGCCCGAGGAGAGGAGAUCCCGCUAUCGGAUCCGUUGAGCGCAGCGGACCGAACACUGCGUGCGCCCGGUCCACCACCGCCACCGAGAUCGCUGUCAUCGUCCUCCAUCGCCGCGCUGAACGCGCCACGAUGUCUGCGCGACGGAGUAGUGCUGCGAAGCCGCUGUUAACGGUAAUGACGUUGACGACGCUUCUCGUGGGUGUCGUCGUGGUCGUCUGCUCGAACCUGCCGGAAGCAGACGCCAGCCUAUCGCCCGAGCACCUGUACGCUUUGGCGGUGGGCCUCAACGCGUCCGAUGACGGCACCGCCCUCGACAACAAGGUGGACGGGGCCGGCGGCGACCGGCGGCCGAGCGGCGGCCGGCAGCUGGACCUGGGCUUCGGCAUCUACGAGAUGUGCCCCUUCCCGCUGAGCUUCAUGCACGCGUGCGAGACGAGCGACCAGUGCAAGCAGACCGGCUGCUGCGCCAUGCACGCGUUCCCCGGGACGCGCCGGUGGCAGAGGCCCUGCUGCGUCGUCUCGCGGCUCGUCACGCUGGCGCGCCUCACCGGCUCGUGCAUCAAGAGCAAGGCCACCCGGCCAGAGUCCGCGUGCCCUGCCAACUUAGUGGUAGACGAGUGCGGCGACCCGUGCGUCGGCAACGAGGACUGCAAGGAACCGGGACUCGCCUGUUGCCGCUUGAGCUGCGACGACGAACGAGGAUCCUUUUGCUACGCCGUGCACGACAACCGCUAGAAGCACCCGCCGCCCUACAAACUAUUUAUUGCCCAGAGCCACCAGGUGCCACCUGCCCCCCUCCCUCCUCGCCCAUGUGCAGCGCUCAACCAUUAGUGCCAAAUAAACUUGUCGACCAACAA